CUUCUUGGGAAUCUUGAAUUUGGCAACUUUCUCUGAAAUCCAAUCUCUCAAUUCUUUCUCGCUCAGUUUCUGUCCGCUCUUUGGCACAAUCGCCACGGCAACUUCUUGUCCAUACAUCUCGUCUGGAAUGGCGAAACUGACAGCCUCGCUAAUCUUGGGAUGACGUGCAAGAACAUUGUCAAGCUCAAUGGGGCUGAUUUUCUCUCCACCCUUAUUGAUUAAUUCCUUAAUUCGCCCUGUGAUAAUCACAUAGCCAUCCUUGUCUUGUUUUCCUUGAUCACCAGUUCUGAAAUAUCCAUCUUUGGUGAAGGAUGACUUGUUGGCUUCAGAGUUGUUCAAAUAUCCCUUGGUGACAUUCUCGCCGCGAAUACAGAUUUCCGCCUCUUUUCCUUGAGGAACCUUGUUUCCUUCUUGGUCGAUAAUGGCAAUUUCUACACCUUGCCCAAUACCAACACUUCCUGGUUGUCGUUUUCCUGGUGGAAGAGGGUUUGAUGUCAUUUGAUGUGCAGCUUCAGUCAUGGCAUACGCUUCAAGAACGGGUGCAUUAUAAGUCUCUUCCAACUGGUGGAAAGUAGUUGGUGAGAGAGGGGAGGAACAUGAUCUGAUGAAACGAAUGUUGGGUUUUGUGGCAGGAGGUGGGUUUUUGAGAAGAAUCUGGUGGAUGGUUGGUACAGCAGUAUACCAAUUGGCUUUGUGAGUGAUAAAAUCAUCCCAGAAUUCGGAAGCAGAGAAUUUGAGGGGCACUACAACAGAUCCUCCAGAAUAAAGGGGUGCUAGAAAACCAGCUAGAAGACCGUGAACAUGGAACAAUGGCAUCACAAGCAUAGUACGAUCAGCUGUUGUGAGCUGGUAAGUAUCCUUGAUAUUCUUCAUGGUUCGGGUGAGGUUUCGGUGGGUCAAUGGCACUGCCUUGGGUCGGCCGGUGGUACCACUCGUAUGGAGGACGAGAGCGAUAUCAUCUGGCUGAGCCUGCUCGACCUUUUGGUUCCCUUUCCCCUUCAACUUUCCCUCAUCUUUCACGUCCAACACAACUUCUUGUCCAUUCCAAUAGCAUUCAGCAAUUGCAGCUUGGUAUUUUCUCGCAGCUCUCACGGCUGGCCCAUCUUUUUGGAAAGAGCCCUUUGGCACCAGAGCCACGGCAGACUUCAGAUCAUCAAUGUAGAACUCAAACUCUUCCUGUUUGUACGCCGAGUUGAGAGGGGCGGCAAUUCCUCUUUGCCAGGCGCUGGCGAGAAAUGCAACAAUGAAUUCGUAUGUAUUGGGGAGAGCGAUGGAGACGGCGGCCUCAGGGGUGAGACCGAGCUUUGCGAGUUUCUUUUGGAAGGACAGCACUUCGGCAGAGAGUGCUUUGUAGGACACAGCGAGGGGCUGGGUUUUGCUGGGUAUGAUUACAGCCGUUGAGUGGUCCACUGAGGAGAAGGAAUCGGAAAGGGUGGUCGCCAUUGGGACGACUCGGGGAGAUGGAAAUGCACAAUCUUGAUGCGCAACAAGGUAUACAAGCAGCCAAGAGGAGCGAUGGAUGGUGGGGAACUUGGCAAUAAUGGUGAGACAAUUAUCAACGCGAUUACGAUGCGAAAAACUUGGGGAAAUGAAUUGGAAAAGAAGCGAUUUCAAAUCUGAUCUAUGGCCGUUGACGGUGACCUGAGUGAGGCUUGCUUGCAUCAAGAGAGUUAGAGUUCACCUUAUCCCCGCCAAGAUAGGCCUGUGUCGGAGCUCCUCUUGCUCAGGUCUUGGAGCUUUACCUGGUAUCGGCGUUUCGCAAACGGGCCGCGGCUCGGCCCUCAAGGAUACUUUCCGAUCAUCACAGCUCCGAUUUGUCUCCGUAGUGGGCAGUUACUCGUACUGGGUACGGAGUCAGCCUCACUCCAUCAACGAGGCUGCGAAGACGAUUGCACCAACAGAACUAUUACCACCAAUCUCAACAUGUCGAAUCCCUCUAAUUCCUCGUCGGCUCCGAGAAUCGGUCUCUCUCUAUAUGCAAAUCUACUUGAUCCCGGCGCGACGACAACAGCUGCAAGCGUGUCUCGAGGCCCAGUUGUCUUCAAGACAGGCACCUCAGAUCCAGUAGAGGACCCCUCGGCGAAAAAACCUCAAAUAGACGCUGGUAUAUAAUCUUAUCACGUUGUAACGAGGCCAGUAAAUAACCUUUGUUCUAGCAGCUCUGCGGUUCCAACCUACCAAGCGACCUCAAUUGGCGCAAAAGCCCAAACCAAAAUCCCAAUUUCCAAAGGCUCCUCUAGGAUCAGAAAACCCUGGGCCCACCCCAAUAUCAAAACCGCCCGCUCCAGCAUCAGCAAGACCAGCAGCGAAAAAUACCCUCGCCGAUUGGACAGCAACAGGAGACGAUGACGAUGUGAACGGUUUCUACGGAGGCGGGGAGAAGCGUCAAAGAGGAGGUCGUAAGCGCAGGAAGAACAAGCACAGAGAAGAACAUGUCGCCGUUCAAGAUUGGGACGAUAUCUACGAUCCAGCACGGCCAAACAACUACGAGGAAUACAAACACAGUGAUGAAAAAAUCCGCGAAAUCAGAGAAUGGAAAGAUAGACUAUACGCACAUAGAAUGGCCCGGAAAUCAGAAAGCGAGAAGGAUAGUGAUGAAGAAGACUAUCGACCACAAAUGAAAAAUCAAUUCGCGCCGCCCUCGAACUACUCCUUCGCUCCUCCACCUAUGGACUCGCCUCCACCAAAGCCCCUCGCCGAUUCUGGGCCUGAAAGUCCUGCUCGUCCACUGGAUCAGUCACCACCUCCUCCGCCGCCGCCAACAGCUUCUCUCGAUACAGGAAGUACAGUAUCCCGCGCUCCAGUUCGUUAUAAUCUCCCUCCAGCACCCAGCGAACUGCCCGCCUCAGAAGCAGAACUCGAAAAAGCCCUCGCUGCAGAACCAGAAGAAGAAGAUGAGGCUCCACCGGAUGAUGAAGCUCCACGUUCUCUUCGUCCUGGUCAAAAAGGGUUUGCCGAACGUCUCAUGUCCAAGUAUGGCUGGAGCAAAGGAACAGGUCUCGGCGCCGAUGGUUCGGGUAUCGUAAACCCCUUACGCGUUCAAGUCGAGAAACGGAAGAAGAAAUCUGACGCUGAAGGUGGCGUGUUUCGUGAUCCUUCUGGCGCAAGAGGAAAAAUCAUCGGAGGGAGGAAGAAUGUUCCCGAAAAGGAGUCUGAAGGUGGAAAAUUCGGGCCUAUGUCUGAAGUCGUUGUAUUACGGGGAAUGGUCGAUGGUAUGAAUCUCGAUGAGGAAGUUGAAGGGUCUGGCGAUGGCGGAUUGAUGCAGGAAAUUGGGGAGGAAUGUGAUGAGAAGGUAUGUCUUCCUUAUUCCUCGAAACAAGCAGUACGCGUUGAUAUUUUGAUUUCGGAUACUAAUAUGAAUCUACAUAGUAUGGCCGCGUGGAAAGAGUCUACAUCGACAGACACGGAGAGAAAACAAAAGUCUUUAUCAAAUUCACGAAUCAACUUUCAGCUUUGCGGGCAGUUAACGCACUGGAAGGACGGCUGUUUAAUGGGAACAAUAUUUCCGCCCUAUUUUACAAUAGUGAGGCUUUUGAAGCGGGCAGUUACGAUUUGUGAUGGAAAACCAUAUGAGUUGUUGUAAAGUAUUAUCUGAUCUCGGAAACCUUUGAAAUGAUAAAUGAAUGACCUUUUUCUCAGAAUGUGAAUCUCAUUCUCUCCAAUCUUGACCACACAUCAAUUCACCACUCAAAAUUUGAGAUUCUUCGCCAAUCGGAACAGCAAGCCACGAAUCAACUCCAGUAAUCCCAGUGGUGUUUCGGGUGGCCAUAGCGCUGAAGCGAAAGGGGAAAGGGGAAAGGGGCAGUUGCAGUGUGGGGUACUGUGAUAUUGACGUCGUGAUGCACGUGGGAAAAUUGGCAGUGAAUGAACCUUGAACCACUUGAAUUUUCUACCUUUUCUUCCAGUUAAGCCGGAUAGGUAGUAAUUCUGGCCAUUUAUAAUUGAAACAAUUG